AUGACUCAUUCGGGUAAUACAAAUGAAGAAUGUUGUUUAACACCUCUUGAUUCUGCUCGUUUUAUAAUGGAACGAGCUCGACAUGUUUCAAUAAAUAUUCCAUCUAUACAAAAAUUGGCUAUUAUGAUUUCUUCAGCAAUGAUGGAUGGAGAAUUUACACAAGAAGAUUGGAUUGGAUCAGAUGUUGGUCCACCAAAAGGAAAUGAUCAAUCAACAAUUGAUUGGAUAUUUUUAACAAGUACAUUGAAUUUUUCAUUUUGGACCGAUGAUAAUGAAAAAGAAACCUAUGCGAAAAAAUAUAAAAAUAAAAUAUAUUAUGGUUAUGAAGCAUUAUGUGUUGCAAUUAAUCAAGCAUUAGAUAAUGGAAUUGAUAUAUUAAAUGCUGAAUAUUAUUCACGUAUAACAAUAGAUCAAUUAGAAGAUAUAUUUCGAUCAACAGAAAAUUCUUCCAAAUUACCAAUGUUAACUGAAAGAUUAAAUGUUUUACAUGAUACAGGUUCAAUACUUAUUAAAGAAUAUGGUGGACAUUUUGCUCGUUGUAUUGAACAAAGUGGUGGAAGUGCUGUUGAUCUUGUUGAAUUAAUUGUUGAAAAAUUUCCAUCUUAUAGAGAUGAAUCUGUUUAUGAUGGACAACGAGUAAGUUUUUAUAAACGCGCACAAAUCUUAGUGAGUGAUAUAUGGGGAUGUUUUAAUGGUCAUGGUUUAGGACAUUUAACUGAUAUGGAUGGUUUAACAAUGUUUGCUGAUUAUCGUGUUCCGCAAGUUUUAUCACAUGAAGGUGUUCUUGUUUAUUCACCUCAAUUGAAAGCGAGACUUGAACGAAAAGAAGAAAUUCCAUUUGGAGAUGCAGAUGAAUGUGAAAUUCGUGCUGCUUCAAUUUUAGCUGUUCAUCUUAUUGUUAAUCAAGCAAAUGAAAAAAUUCCUUUAGAAAAAGAUACGGGUGAUGGUGGACAAAGAUUAAAUGCACCACUUGUUGAUGUUUAUUUAUGGAGAAAACGAAGACAACAAUCACAAGUUUAUGAACAAACACCUUUUCAUCGUACUCGAUCAAUUUUUUAUUAA